CCGUUCUCUCUCUUAUCCCCUGAUUCUGGCCUCGCCGAUUCUGUUCUUCUCCCCCCCUCUCUCUCUCUCUCUCUCUCUCUCUCUCUCUCUCGAGUACGACUCUGUUUCUUUUCUUCUUUCUUGCUUGUUCCAUCGGAUUUCUUCGCCGAUCGGGCGUGUUCUCAUCUGGUGGUGGAAAAUGACGGAUACUACGGACGACAUUGCGGAGGAGAUCUCCUUCCAGUCCUUCGAGGACGAUUGCCGGCUUCUAGGAAGCCUUCUCAACGACGUGCUCCACCGAGAGCUAGGCUCCCAGUUCAUGGAGAACGUCGAAAGAAAGAGGAUCCUCGCUCAGAGUGCUGUUAAUAUGAGAGCGGCGGGGAUGGAGGAGACGGCGGAGUUUCUCGAGAAACAGCUGGUGACAGAGAUAUCGAAGAUGACUCUCGAGGAAGCCUUGUCGCUGGCCCGGGCUUUCAGUCAUUAUCUCAACCUCAUGGGCAUUGCAGAAACCCAUCACAGGGUUCGCAAGGCACGCAAUGUUGAUCAUUUAUCAAAAUCUUGUGAUGAUAUUUUCAAUAAGUUGAGACAUAGUGGAGUUCCUCCAGAAGAGCUCUAUGAGACUGUUUGCAAGCAGGAGGUUGAAAUUGUUCUAACAGCACAUCCUACUCAAAUAAACAGGCGUACCUUGCAAUAUAAACACAUUAGGAUAGCGCAUCUUUUGGAGUUUAAUGACCGACCUGAUCUUAGCCAUGAAGAUAAAGAAAUGCUCAUAGAGGAUCUGGUUCGAGAGAUGACUUCAUUAUGGCAGACUGAUGAACUGAGGCGUCACAAACCUACUCCAGUUGAUGAAGCUAGGGCUGGCCUACACAUUGUGGAGCAAUCACUUUGGAAAGCUGUACCUCAUUAUUUACGUCGUGUCAGCACUGCUCUGAAAAAGCACACUGGUAAGCCGCUUCCUCUAACUUCCACACCGAUUAAAUUUGGCUCAUGGAUGGGUGGUGAUCGAGAUGGAAAUCCAAAUGUUACAGCAAAAGUCACGAGAGAUGUUUCUCUGUUGUCACGAUGGAUGGCAACCGAGCUCUACAUUCGAGAAGUUGACAAUCUCAGAUUUGAACUAUCUAUGAACAGAUGUAGUGAUAAGUUGGCAAGCCUAGCACAUGAGAUCUUACUUAAAGAAUCAGCAGCUGAGGAUCGACACUCUCAAAGCUGGAAUCAGUCCAUAAACCAUUCUAAGCAUAACAGUCAGCAAACCUCAGCAUUGCCCGCGCAGCUCCCUGCUGGUGCUUAUUUCCCUUCUUGUACAGAAUGCAAAGAUGGGGAUUCCCAAUACCCCAGAUUAGAAUUUCCGUGCAACCUAAAUCGUCAGAAUGCUCAGAGUUCUCUAGAUUCUGGUCAAAAUAUUUUGAGACAAACCUCUUCAGACAGCAAUUCUAGUCCUGGCCUCAGUCGUCAGUCAUCCAUUACAGGGUCAUCAAAGAUACCUAGGACAAAUUCUACCCAACUUCUUGCUCAGAGGAAACUAUUUGCAGAAUCUCAAGUAGGCAGGUCAAGCUUCCGGAAGCUUCUUGAGCCCAGCUUGCAUCAACGUCCUGGAAUUGCUCCGUACAGGGUUGUUCUUGGGAAUGUCAUGGAUAAGCUUAUGAAGACACGGAGGCGGCUGGAGCUUCUCCUCGAGGACCUUCCUUGUGAACAUGACCCUAUGGAGUAUUAUGAAACUUCAGAUCAACUUCUUGAACCACUUCUCUUAUGUUAUGAAUCCUUGCAAUCAUGUGGGUCUGGUAUACUUGCGGAUGGUCGGUUGGCAGAUCUGAUACGGAGGGUUGCCACUUUUGGUAUGAUAUUGAUGAAGCUUGAUCUGCGUCAGGAGUCUGGUCGACAUUCUGAAGCAUUGGAUGCCAUUACAAGAUAUUUAGAUAUGGGUGUAUACAGUGAGUGGGAUGAAGAAAGAAAAUUAGAAUUUCUAACUAGGGAGCUGAAAGGAAAGAGACCUCUGGUUCCCCCAACAAUAGAGGUAGCUGCGGAUGUGAAAGAGGUCCUCGACACAUUCCGGGUAGCUGCUGAACUAGGAAGUGAUUCGCUUGGCGCAUACGUGAUUUCAAUGGCCUCUAAUGCAAGUGAUGUUCUUGCUGUAGAGCUGCUGCAGAAGGAUGCUAGACUUUCUGUGAGCGGGGAACUAGGAAGACCGUGUCCCGGUGGAACGUUAAGAGUCGUCCCUUUGUUUGAAACCGUGAAAGAUCUGAGAGGAGCUGGUUCAGUGAUAAGGAAGUUGUUAUCAAUUGACUGGUAUCGGGAGCAUAUCAUAAAGAACCAUAAUGGGCACCAAGAGGUUAUGGUUGGUUACUCUGAUUCCGGUAAAGAUGCUGGGCGCUUUACAGCAGCAUGGGAACUGUACAAAGCCCAAGAGGAUGUUAUUUCUGCCUGCAAUGAGUAUGGUAUCAAAGUCACACUUUUCCAUGGGCGUGGAGGUAGUAUUGGUCGUGGUGGUGGUCCCACAUAUCUCGCCAUACAAUCGCAGCCUCCUGGUUCUGUAAUGGGAACUCUUCGUUCAACUGAGCAAGGCGAGAUGGUCCAAGCCAAGUUUGGUCUUCCCCAGACAGCGGUAAGGCAGCUCGAGAUCUGCACAACAGCCGUUCUUCUGGCAACAAUGCGCCCACCACUUCCCCCUAGAGAAGAGAAGUGGCGCCGUGUCAUGGAGGAGAUCUCCAAGACCAGUUGCCACCACUACCGGAGCACUGUAUAUGACAAUCCUGAUUUUCUGGGCUACUUCCAUGAGGCCACCCCUCAGGCUGAGCUUGGCUUCCUCAACAUUGGAAGCAGGCCUACCAGAAGGAAGACCUCAACUGGUAUUGGGCACUUACGUGCGAUCCCAUGGGUCUUCGCAUGGACUCAAACCCGUUUUGUGCUUCCUGCAUGGCUUGGGGUGGGAGCUGGCCUCAAGGAUGCAUGCGAUAAAGGGUACCAAGAGGACUUGCAAGCCAUGUACAAGGAGUGGCCUUUCUUUCAGUCUACUAUAGAUCUUAUUGAAAUGGUGCUUGCAAAGGCUGACAUUCCCAUAACAAAGCACUAUGACGAAGUGCUUGUACAAGAGAGCAGAAGGGCCCUUGGUGCAGAACUGAGGACGGAGUUACUGAAGACAGAAAAGUACGUGUUGAUUGUCAGUGGUCACGAGAAACUUUCAGAGAACAAUCGAAGUUUGAGGAGAUUGAUCGAGAGCAGGCUCCCUUUUCUCAAUCCAAUCAACAUGCUACAGGUGGAGAUUUUGAGGAGAUUGAGAUGUGAUGAUGAUAACAAUAAACUUAGAGACGCAUUGCUCAUCACGAUCAAUGGCAUUGCAGCAGGGAUGAGAAACACUGGUUGACAUGAUUGAUCACUCGAAGUAUUGCACAGACCAUUUUCUUGCAGAGAUUUGUUAAAAGAUACAGUAGUGCGAGGUUUUCUGUUCCCCUUCUUUUUCUAUUUGGGAUUCUCCAUAUAUCUAUGAAUUACUAAAAUUUCUUUAGGAACUUCAAUGCAAAAAUUAUAUAUUUUAUGAAAUGAUCCAAAGGUCGGAUUGAUGCUA